UGUAUUCUAUUUGAAUAAGAAACAAUAUGGCUGUAUUUUAGAAGCACUUAGUUAAUAAUGCCGGACCAAAUUGUAAAGCAUUCCAUAAUUUCGAAACACGGCACCAUAGGCUACUAAAUCAUCAUGAACUCAUUCAUGAAAAUUUCUCAUAAUGGUAAUCAACAAAGAAAAGGAUACAGGGGGAAUUGAUAAGAACAUUAAAAUGACAGCAGAGGAUUCAACGAAGCUAUUUGAAAAUUUCGUACAAGCACAAACAUGUAUUCAAGUGAUUUCAACAUUCCAAAACCUGUGCGAGGCUGUGGCACUCCAGUAUCCUCCAAGUCAAUCUUCUUCUUCUGCGCAAUGUUCAUUUUAUCCAAGGUUAAAAAACUCUCUCUCCUCUUCAUGGAGAGCAAAGUCACUGUUCGGAAAACUUGACAAGCGUUACUUGUGCAAGGAAUAUUUUGCAGAUCAGAGACUGUACAAAAGUGGAAGCCGGCGUGCCGCUGAAGACCUUAAGGUCCUUAUUAUUGGAGCUGGGCCAUGUGGUCUCCGAACAGCAAUUGAGAUGGCAUGUCUUGGUGCAAAGACAGUAGUUGUUGAGAAACGUGAUACAUUUUCAAGAAAUAAUGUUCUUCACCUGUGGCCUUAUAUUAUUACUGAUUUAAAGACAUUGGGAGCAAAGAAGUUUUACGGAAAGUUUUGCGCUGGUGCUAUUGACCACAUUUCCAUUCGUCAGCUUCAGCUGAUAUUGCUCAAGAUUGCACUGAUCCUUGGCGUUGAGGUGGUGUUCAAUGUUUCCUUCGAAGGCUUGUGUCCGCCCACGCAAACUGAAGCAAGCCAGACAGCCAACAAAGGCUGGACUGCGAGGGUCUCACCAAGCAACCACAGCCUGAGGAACUAUGAGUUUGAUGUUGUUGUGGGUGCAGACGGGAAGAGGAACACUUUACAAGGCUUCAAGCGGAAGGAGUUUCGAGGCAAGCUAGCAAUUGGAUUAACCGUAAACUUUAUCAACCGCCACACAACUGCUGAGGCAAAAGUUGAAGAAAUAAGUGGAGUUGCUUACAUCUUCAACCAACAGUUUUUUAAAGAUCUACAAAGUGAGACGGGUAUUGAUCUUGAAAACAUUGUUUAUUACAAAGGAGAGACUCACUACUUCGUUAUGACAGCAAAGAAACACAGUCUCGUCUCUAAAGGUGUUUUAAAGCAGGAUUAUGACAACACAAACGAACUGCUGUGUUAUAACAACAUUGAUCAAGAAGAACUGAUGAAAUAUGCAAAAGAGGCAGCAGAUUUCUCCACCAGACAUCAACUGCCCCACUUAGACUUUGCUAUCAAUCAAUACGGACAAUCUGAUAUCGCACUGUUUGAUUUUACGUGCAUGUACGCAGCUGAGAACGCAGCUUUAUUCCGUGAAACAUACAGACAAAAACUACUCUGCUGCCUGGUUGGUGACAGUCUGCUUGAGCCAUUUUGGCCUAUGGGUACAGGGUGUGCGCGAGGUUUCCUUGCAGCAUUUGAUCUUGUGUGGAUGACCAAGCAGCUUGCUUUGAAGAGAAAGUGUUCAAACUAUGAUCCAAAUGAUAAUAAAGUUGAGUUGGCUGUUCUUGCUGAGCGAGAGUCAAUCUACAGGGUGUUGCAUCAAACUACACCACAAAAUACAAUGAAAAAUCAUCAGGAUUACACCAUAGCUCCAAGCACAAGAUAUGCAAAUCUCAACUUAAAGGCGGUCACUCCUUCCCAAGUCAAGCCACUGUAUAUUAGUGACCAGCCUAUCAACGAUGAGUUGGAUAUAGUUGAUACUGAAGCAACACCCAUGGUUGUUGACCUUGUUGAACCACCAAAUGUUCACAAAAGUUUUUUAACCAGAAAAGUAUCCAUGGUGCGCCCAUCCAAGUUGCUAUCGUGGUGCCAAAAGAUGACCGAAGGUUACCCCGGGGUAGAGGUCAACGACCUCACCUCAUCUUGGAGAAAUGGGUUAGCUUUAUGUGCAAUUGUGCAUCGUUAUCGACCGGAUCUUAUCGAAUGGAGUCAACUAACCCACACCAAUAUUCAAACCAACAAUCAACUGGCAUUUGACGCAGCCGAACAACAUCUUGGCAUUUCUCCUGUGAUGACCGGCAAAGAAAUGGCUGAAAAACCAGAAGUCGAUCAUCUUAUGAUGCUCACUUACAUUUCACAGUUUUAUGAAGUUUUUAAGAACGAGAAACCUUCCGAUCUCAAGUCAAAUGUCAACGCAGAAAGUGGGGAAGUCCCUACCACCCCAACAAGCCCCAGCGGGUUAAGCUCCACAUCACCCUUCGGACUAAUCACUCGACUUCUUUCGAAAAAGAGAUCUUUGCAUGACAACCAAGAAAAGACUGGAAAGAAAAAGAAGUUUACCGGUCCAUUCCACAAAAAGAAAACCAAUUCCCCUGAACCUGAGGUGGUACAGAACAAAGAGAACCAAAGCACUGCGAGAAAAGAUGUGAUAACAGUUGGAGGCACUGAUGUUAAACUACGACCUAAAACAUCGACUUCCGAUUCAAAGUUGGUGAGCGAUCGUGCCAGCAACAGGAUCAGCGCGUUGUCAAAUCAACUCAUUUCACAAUGGCAACAAAAUGGAUCUGAAACACGAAGUAACCCCAAACACAACCUGACUCCCAAACCAUCUGCAAGUGAUAAAUGUUAUUUCUGUGACCGACGCGUGUACAUCGUUGAAAGGUUGAGUGCUGAAGGUUUUUUCUUCCAUAGACAGUGCUUCGUAUGUACUCACUGUGGUGUGACCCUCAGACGUGGUGGAUAUGAAUUCGACAAAGAAUCAGGAAAAUUCUAUUGCCGGGCUCACUACUUCGCUCAUUCUGAAAACUUUAAAAUGGCCGCUGCAAAACCGCAAAAGCAAGCUGUGCGCAAAUCAAGUGAAUCUGAUGAUAAGAUAACACCGCUACCAAGUGAUGGUGUGAAACUGUUGAAACCAAUUCAAGCUGGUUCUUACCGAACACCAGAGCGAAUUGAGCUCGAAAACAUUCACCACUUUAUGCUUAACGACCAACAAGAGCUUUCCGAAGAAGCGGUAAACAAACACAAUCUGAGUGGCACAUACGACAAAAGCAAUGUUGCUGCUGAUAGUGAAUACAUGAGUGACUCCUCUGAUGAGGACAUAGAUUGGGAGGCGGUGUUGAAAGAAGCGAUGCAGGAUCAUGAUCCGAGUGAGAGCGAGAUUGACAGCGAUGACGAUCGAGAUUACGACACUUCAUCCAGAGGUUCUUGUCUGCACAAUAUCACUACUUUAUCGUACUUGGAGGAGUCUUACCUCAACCAAUCAGUGAACAGUGUUUGUGAUGAAACAAUGGCAGAUAUAACGGACGAAUCAGAAGAUGAAUGUGAAGAAAAAGUUCUUAAAUCCAACUUAUCGCCAGUGGCUGAAGAUGAUGAGCAACCAUUCAGCAAUGAUCUAAAUGAUGACGGGCCAGAAAAGAUGGCAGAUUAUCAAAAGGAGCAAGAGGAUGAAAUCAAAUCUCCUGAAGAGAAAAAGUCGUCAAGUGCCGAAUCUUCAUCAAAUGGUGAAAACAGCAUGGCCACAGUUGACUUUGGUUCAGAAGAGGAAGAGAUUGAGAUAAAUGGAGAACCUCAUAGCAUUACCAAUGGAGAAUCUGUUAAACCUUUGCAAAGAACUUUACCUCGUUCAUGCAGGGACUCCAAGUUAAAUCUGGUUAGCGAUAAUAGUUUUGAGGAUUUAUUUCAAAGCGUUGAAGUUGAAAGUGAUCAGCCAAACGAUCCGGAGACACCAGAAGAAUGCCUUUUCCUCUCCAUCUCUGAGAUGAAACUGCAUAGCCAAAAGUUUAACCUUGAACUGACACCCCAAAAGUGCAGAGUCAACUACAUUCCCAAGAAGGAGUUGUCAGUUAUAUCUGGCAAUCACAGUGAUGCCGGUCACGAUUCAGAUGGUGUUUCAUCAACAUACGAUGCUGUGCACGUUUGGUUGUCCGGUUGUCUUAAACUUGACUCUGCAAGUGACAGUGAACAGAAGCCAGCAACAAAUGGAUUGAAAGGACUAGAACUGGACACAAGUGAUUUUUCACAUGUUUCAAGUGACGACGAAAAGGUCAAGAAAGCUCAGAGUUUAUCCACUUCCUCAUCUGCAUCACCUUUAGAUGACGACACUCAAGAACUUGUCACAAAAUACAACCAAGUCCUCGAUGAGAAACAAAAUGAUGAAAAUGUUGAUACUGAUGUGGCCAAGACAGAGAAUUUUAAAGAUAAGCAAGGUGUUCAAACUCUUUCAAAUGGAGAUACAGCUGCUGGUUUAAAGAGUGUAAGUUUAAGUUCAAUCAGCACAGAAUCACUAAGUGACAAUGCAGACGUACCUCAAAGUCCUUUAAAACCAAAGUUAGACCAACAAAUAAACACUGCCACUGCUACCACUAAGCCAUCAGGUGAACUAGAAAAUACGGAUUUGUGCAAUGAUGAUGAAAACAAACAGACUGCUGAUGUAAGCACCCACCAAGCUGCCAUGCCUGAUAAGAAGCCAAGGACAGUAUUUGGUAUAUUAAGUAGUCCUGUGUCUGAAGUAAAAGACCUACCAUCUGGUCAUAAAGAAGAGCCAGAAAAAAUAGCUGCCAAAAAUAUUGAAAAUGUUAAGCCAAAAGAAGCAGAAAGUACAGAAGAAAUCAAUGGACAACAUCAUAUGCAACGUUUUGACACAUUAGACCGUGUGGAAAAUUACUUGAACAAAACUCCUGUUGGAAUUAAUGAUUCGAUCACGGAGGAGAAAUUUAUGAUAAACAGAUCAGAAGAUGGUCUUAGUUUAUCCGAUGCAUCUGUGGAUGAGGACAUCGAACUAUCUUCUAACAGUUCCUCAUCUGGUUCAGAAUUAAACACGGCACAACUUGAUGUGAGUGAUCUCAUCAAGGAUAACUCGGAUAAGAAAUCGUGUCCUCCAGAUGCUUCUCUUCUUAAAGAUAAACUUGGGAAGCAGCCAGUAAGCUCCGAACAGAAGAGGACCUUUCCUCGCCUCCCAUCCACAGAAAGCAUCAUGAUCAGAGCUUCAUUCACAGGGAAGGGAAACAACACAAGCGUUUGGAGCAAUCUUGAUAAUGAGAGCAUGACAUCAGAAAAAGAUGUCACUCGACCAACACCUCGUCCACGAAGCACUGCCUUCUGUGAUUCUUCGUUUAUUUCAAACUACAGACCUGGUCCUGACAGCACUUUAUCAUCUGAUGAAACCAAAGUUUCCGCUGCUCCAACUGAACGCAAAUCCUCAUUCGAUAGUUUGGAGCUCCAAAUGAAACUUCGCCUUCGAGCGAGGAAAAAAUGGUUUCGCCAAGAAUCCCUAACGAGCAAACAGAACAAAGAGCACUCCUCUCCAUCGCAACCAUCGGUCGCUGACUCUGGGAUUUCUCUUCGUGAUAAAGAUGCCUCAUCACCGGAUGUCGCCGAAGAUGAACCACCAACUUAUAAUUCCACUUUGAGCAAUCAAGUGGAUGUUAUAGUUACUGAACCCAACACACCAAACAACCAAUCUCAUUCAAGAUCGAAAUCAUUCGAUUCCGACAACGAUCAGUUCUUUACCCCUCCUUCCCGUCGUAACCCCCAAAGUGGGGUCAUGAACCCCAUAUCACCCACAUCAGGACGAACCAGACCCCCUACCAGUAGACAGAGAUCAUUCUUAGACGUCACGGACGACUUCGUUUCUGCCCCAACGACCCCACUCAACCCCCGGGUAUUACCCUCGGCACCCUCGAACACGAGGAGAGCGCUGCCAGCUCUUCCAAAGGUCGCCCAUUUGGAGGCGCUCUCACCUACAGGUUCCCCUCAAUCCCCGCAGACGAAAAAAUCAAUCGAUGAAGAAAUGCGAGCACGAGAGAUUCGAGUGAACGAAAGAGUUGCGAAAAUGAAAGAGUCAUCGUUACGUAACAGAAGUGGUUCUGACAUCACAAAGACUUCGUGUUCGUCAAUAGAUGAAGCUGACCUCUUGAGCAUAAUGCGCGAGUUCCGCGAUGAUGACGUCAUCGACCAUCACUCGAACGAACCCGCUUAUUCGGGGAUUUCCCCAAAACCAAAACGGAAGUCGUCUUUCCGUCAUAAGUUCAAAAGAUUGAGUAAAAAGAAAGUUGAUUCCAACUCAGAAGAUUCUGAACGAGUCCGGAGGUCUUUACCAAUCCCCAAUCUCUCUGCUGAUGUAGUGACCGGAUCAUCAUCUGCAUUUGAUUCCGCUUCCAAAAGUGAGAGCCCUGGUAAGAAGAAGAAGACAAAGCAAAGGAAGAGCAAAACCAAACUUGUAUUGCCCGAUGCGCCCGGCAACGAUAACAGUGGUACAAAGAAGCAUUCACCUGGCAAGAGAGGUUUGUUCCGCAUCUCACCGAGGAAAAAGGAGAAGAAGAUCUUACCUGAUGUUGGUGAUGGACGGAGCACUUUGGAGAGGAAAUACGAGACAGCGUCAGAACGUGAGAAAGCCAUAGUUCGAGGCGAAAGAUUUCGUGUGCUGCCACAAUUACCGACAGUUCCAGUUCGAGAAAGUGAAAAAUCUUGGAAAGAAAUCGAUCGUCUCUUGUGACGACAUAGAGGAAGAUCGCCCAUUCAGUCGCCACCAAUUUGGUCGUAAACGUCAGACUACAUUGGCUGGUCUUACGCCGUCGCAAAUCGACGCAAAGAUCACUCGUCGCGUCAAAAUUGCUGCACGCAGACAAGCGAAGAUGGAAGCUCAACGUAGAUUAACACGGGCGCAGGCGAUACAACGUCAGCUUGAAGAGGUAGAAGUACAACAGAAACUAUUAGAAGAAAGAGGAGUUAAACUGGAAAUGCUACUGCGCGAAACAUCUGGCGAAAAUGAAGAUUCUAGAACCAUGAAGAAAUGGUUUGAUCUUGUGCAAGAGAAGAACGCAUUGUUGAGAUACGAGAACGAACUUAUGAUAAACCAACGUGAGUUGCAACUGGAAGAUGUACAAAGUCGCUUACAGCAGGAAUUAAGAGAAAGAAUGGCGACUGAUGACACUCGGAAAACAUCGGAGCAACUUUCCCAAGAGAAAGAAAUCCUCAGGAAGAUGUUGGAAGUCGUGGAACAGAGGGAUGAGCUGGUCGGACUUCUCGAGGAGCAAAGAGAGAAGGAAGAUGCGAUUGAUCCGGAGGUGCUGAUGAUGAGCAAUAAGUUCAGCGCCUUCACUGGCGACCUCUCCUCAGCUAAUCGUUAAUGUUUUCCCAGUGUUAUCAGAUAUGAAUGAUCAUUUUCUCCAAAAAGUUCAGUGUUGCCAUCAAAAACACAGGACCAAAUGAUCGCAUAACCACUGUGCCCCAUUCUCAGCGGUUCUAAAUUUUAGUAUUGUGAUUUAAACCUUCCAUCAUUGUAUUCAUUUGCUGCAAACUGUGCUUACAUGGUGGACCUGUUUAUUUUGUUACGUAUUAAUCAAUGUUGCUUUUGAGCUGCUUUGUUUACGCAUGCUGUUUUUAAUCAAUGUUAUAUACUUUUGCUUUGUUACUGGUAUGUGCGGGCCAAGCAUGACAUCGACCAAAUAUUUUCAUAAGCCAUAAGGAAGCUUUACGUGCUGCCGAAAGCAAAGGCCAAUGAACUUUUACAAUCCUUAAAAACUGCUUUAAUUUUCAUCACCGCACUUUAGAUUGCACUUUCUUAAACCUAUAUCUGCGUGCUAUGCUUUAAGGUACGGGAAUAAAAGACUUCACGCAGUGCGGAAA